AUGUGGACCCCGCACCCGCAUCCGCACCAGCCGGCUUGCCCUGCCGGCGUGGACGACUCGUUCGGUCCGUGGGCCGGAGCAACGUGCCGGGGCGGAUUCGACUUUACGCUGCUGUUCGAGGAGUCCAUUCUCGCGGUUCCCCUGCAUUGCCUCUUCCUGCUGGCCCUCCCCGCCUGCGCCCUGCGCCUGGUCAGGUCCGAUGUCAAGGUCGUCGCCAGCAUCCUGCGUCCUCUGAAAGCUGGUGCUUCCGCCGCUUUGGUAGGCCUCAACCUUGCUCUACUAGUCCUUUGGACCACCUCAUCGUCCGCCUCCAUCACCCAUACCCGUGCAACAGUCCCAACUGGUGUUCUGAGUCUCGUCGCCUCGUUGGGUCUAAGUCUGCUGUCAUGGCUCUCCCACGAUCGCUCCGUAAGGCCGUCGUUCGUCCUUUCGACGUACCUCUUCGCCUCGGUGCUGCUGGACACCGCCCGUGCUCGAACACUAUGGAUGCUGGGCUCAAACCAGACCAUCCCGGCCGUCUUCACUUGCGCGCUGGCCCUGAGGGCCGUCAUGAUUCUGCUUGAGUCGACCGAGAAGCGACACAUCCUGGUCCCGCAGCACAAAGGGUAUUCCAAGGAGGUCACCAGCGGCACCUUCAAUCGCUCCGUCUUCUUCUGGCUGACGUCACUCUUCGUCAACGGAUACCGAAACAUCCUCAAGCUCGACGACCUGUACCCUCUGGAUCCGAAGCUCGCCUCCGAGCCUCUCUACGAGAAACUGGCGGAGGCGUGGGACAAAGUCCCCGACAAAACCGUCCCCAACGCUGUGUUCAGCACCUGGCUCCGCGUCUUCGCCGGGCCCAUGUCCGCGGCGGUCAUUCCGAAACUCUUCCAGAUCGGCUUCAACUACGCACAGCCACUGCUCAUCCAGCAGGCCAUCGAGCUCGCAGGCCUGCCCCAGACCCGGGAAUACGACAAUCGUGGUUUUGGCUUGAUAGGCGCUUACGUCCUGGUCUACACCGGCAUCGCUGUCUCGACCGGCCAGUAUGAGUGGCGAACCCAGCGUGCCGCCUCCAUCAUGAGGGGCAGCACGUCGGCGCUCAUCUAUCAGAAGGCGCUACGCCUCGAUCUGACCUCACCCGACGUCAGCCCUUCCGGGGCGUUGACCUUGGUCGGGACCGAUAGCGAGCAGAUCAGCCAGGGCGUCAACCAGCUGCACGAGAUAUGGGGAGGUCUCGUGGAAAUCGCCGUCGGGAUCUACUUGAUCAACAGACAGCUCGGGGCCGCCUGCGCGAUGCCCGUGGCUCUGGUGUUUGUCACCAUCAUUCUGAUGGGCUUCCUGGCCAUCCCUACGGGAACGGCCUCGGCGCAAUGGAUCAAGGCUUCCCAAGACCGUGUCACGACGACUUCAAAGACUCUGGGAAGCAUCAAAUGGCUCAAGAUAUCCGGUCUCAGCGAUGUCGCGUUUUCGGUCAUCCAGAAGCUUCGCAGCAUCGAGCUGGUGGUGUCCAAGAGAUACAGGGUCCUUCUGGGCUUGUCUAUGAUGUUGAUGAUUUGCACCCCCAUCUGGUCUCCCAUCCUCACACUCGGAACCUAUGCGGGCAUCGCGGCUCGCAGCAAUGACACUUUAACCAUUUCAAAAGCGUUUACGGCCUUGUCCAUUUUGACUCUAGUGAACCAGCCUCUGGCCGGCAUCAUCAUGGCCCUCCCCAUCACCGCCGCCGCCGUCACCUCCUUCCAGCGCGUCCAGGAUUUCCUGAACGGAAAGGAGAGGACCGACACCAGAAUAGCCGCGGCCGGUGGGAACAGGACUUUAAAGGGUGUCGUGACUGUGAAGGACCCGGCGGCGGCCGUUUCAAGCCCGAUUCAUGGUGAUGUCGUCGAGCUCUCGGAGAUCCGUAAGUCCGAGGUUGGGAGCGAAAGUCUCUCGGAAAGCAUCAUCGCCUCCGUGAAGGGGACGUUCUCCUGGUCCGAUGACUCGAGGCCCGUCAUUGACAUUGACAGCUGGAACGUCAGGCGGCGGGCCUUCACGUUGGUUGUAGGACCUGUUGGUUGCGGGAAGUCUUUGCUUCUGAGGGCCCUGCUCGGUGAACUCUCCUCGUUCAGGGGCACCAUCAAGACCAGCUUCUCGGGCGCUGCGUACUGUGGCCAAUCAGCCUGGAUCCCGAAUACGACCGUACGUGAUAUCGUCGUUGGACAUGGUGUCCUUGACGAAGCCUGGUACAGGACCGUUGUGGCUGCAUGUGCUUUGGAAGAGGACAUUGCGAGCUGGCCCAACGGGGACAGCACGGUGGCUGGUACCAAGGGCAUCUCUAUGAGCGGCGGUCAGAAGCAUCGCCUGGCCAUAGCUCGAGCUCUGUACGCAAGACAAGAGUUGCUGCUACUGGACGACGUCUUCAGCGGCCUAGACUCUAACACUGAGGACAUCGUCUUCAACAACCUCCUCGGCAGCAACGGAUUGUUGAGGAACACAGACACGACCGUCGUCCUGGUCUCAUCCGACUGUCCGUUACCCUGUACCUCCCCUUUCCCCACUGCCCUCACUGACACCAUCUACUUAGCCCGCCGAAUCCCCUUCGCCGACGACGUCGUCCUACUCAACGAGCAUGGCCAAAUCAAAGCUGCUGAUCCUGCCUCGAUACCCAGCCAGGCCUCGGGGCAAACCACCCCCAAAAAAUCCCCAACCCCGACGCAAGCUGAUCCUGCUCCUCCCACGGCCGAUGCCGCGAGCCCACAGGCCUUCCUCGACGCCUUGGACGACAAGGCGGACGCCACGCGUCAGCUCGGCGACUGGGCCAUGUACAGCUUCUACGCCAGGGCGGCCGGCUGGUUCAGCCUGUCCGUGUUCGCGGGCUUCAUGAUCCUGAUGGCCUUUUGCGACUCGUUCCCGGACAUCUGGCUCAAGUGGUGGACGGAGGCGAACGAGAGGAGGCCGAACCAGGACCUGGGCAAGUGGAUCGGGGUGUACGCCGCCCUCGGCGUCGGUUCCAUCCUCUCGUUCCUGAUCGCCAUGUGGCAACUCUUCAUCGUCAUCAUCAACAACUCCGGUGUUUACUUCCACGGUGUUCUGCUAGAUACCACCUCCCGCGCCCCAAUGUCCUUCCACAGCUCGGUAGACAGCGGCGUGACGGUCAACCGCUUCAGCCAGGACCUCCAGCUCAUCGACAUGGAGCUCCCCGCCGCCGCCCUCGGCGUCGCCAUCGGCAUCGUCUACGGCAUCGCCCGCUUCGUCAUGAUCUCCGUCUCGUCGCGCUACAUGGCCGCCGUCCUCCCCCUCCUCGUCCCCGUCUUCUACGCCCUCCAGCACUUCUACCUGCGCACCUCCCGCCAGAUGCGCCUCCUCGACAUCGAGCACAAGGCGCCCCUCUACACCCAGCUCAUCGAGACCCUCGAGGGGCUCGCCACCAUCCGCGCCCUGGGGUGGGAGGACGGCAUGGCGCGGGCCAACAUGGGCCGUCUGGACGACUCCCAGAGGCCCGGUUACCUCCUCGCAUGCCUCCAGCGCUGGCUGACGUUUUCCGUCGACAUGACCAUCGCGGUCAUCGCGCUGGUGCUGAUCGUGCUCGUGACCACGCUCCGGGAGCAGAUCGGGCCGGCGUUCAUCGGCGUCGCGCUGAAUAAUGUGCUCUCCUUCAGUGCUGUCAUCAAGGCGUUCAUCACGUCCUGGGUCAUGCUCGAGGUCUCGCUCGGCGCGGUGGCUAGGGUUCGGAAUUUCGCUCUGAAUACGAAGCCCGAGGGUGACUCUGAGCGUGAGCUUGUCGAGCCCGGAGGGGAGUGGCCGACUCAGGGGCAGAUCGAGCUUUGUGAUGUUACGGCUUCAUACGCAUCAGGAGGAACUGUUCUCAAAGACAUCUCAAUGUCCAUCCAGCCCGGCCAGAAAGUCGCCAUCUGCGGCCGAACCGGGAGUGGCAAGAGCUCCCUCAUUCUCGCGCUCCUCCGCAUGCUAGACCUAGACAGCGGCACCAUCACCAUUGACGGCGUCGACCUCUCGACCGUGCCCCACGAGAACGUCCGCUCGCGACUCGUGGCGGUCCCGCAGGAGUCGUACGUCUUCGACGGCAGCAUCCGUCUGAACGUCGACCCGUCCGAGAGGGCGACGGACGCCGAGAUCGUCGAGGUCCUCGAGAGGGUGCGGCUGUGGGACAAAGUCGAGGAGAGGGGCGGGCUUGACGCGGUCAUCGACGACGGGUUCUUCUCGCAGGGCGAGGCGCAGCUGCUCGUCUUUGCGAGGGCCAUGUUGCGGAGGGGGAGGGUGCUGAUUCUGGAUGAGGUUACGAGCAGCCUGGACGACGAGUCGAGUCGUGUUGUUGACGAGGUGCUCCGGUCGCGGUUCCGCGACUGGACCAUCAUCGCCAUCGCACACAAGCUGGACUCCGUGCUCGACUUUGAUCGGGUUGCGGUGGUUGACGCUGGCGAUUUAGUAGAGUUUGGCGAGCCUCGAGAGCUUCUCGGGCAAGAGUCGGCGUUCAAGGCGUUGUAUGAGCACUCGGCCAAGACGGCCGACUAA